AACAACGAAACAGGAUAUUUGCGAAAAUAAUUUUUAUGCAACCAGAUAAAUCAUGAUUUCUCGAUGACCAGCCAAUAUAAUUGUAAAACGUUGGCUUGACUACAUUGGAACAGUUAUUCUGCAACUUAUAAAAGCUUAACCAUUGUUGUUUAAUGGGGUGUUUUCUUGGUUAGUUAUCGCGACGGCCACAAGGUGGAGUCCGACCAAGAAGACGACCCGGACUCUGGCGUAUAUGACGACGAGGGAGACAGCGAGGCAACAAAUAACGAGGACGACAUGGAUGUCGACGAGACGGAACAAGUUGGUGCCGUUGCCCUUGGCGGGAGUCGUGACCCAGAACCGUCAGUCAAUCCUGCGCCACCUCCGUACUUCGCCCAGAAGCUUCCCUCGGCGGACUACGACCAAACAGUGAAGGAGAUCACGAAGGAAGCAGUGGGAAAUUUAGUUGAGAGUGAUGAAUAUAAACAGAUGAUGAAUACUUGCUCAAGUUGUAGGGCAUGUUGGUUCCUGAACCAAUGGAGUAUGGACUGUGUGGAGUGUGGGGGGCAUGCCCUGGUCAGACCUUGCCCAAUAUGUCUCGGAAAUUGUGGCCAAGUUUGGAGACGCGACAUCAAAAUGACGCAUAGUUUUCACUCCGCAUACUGGAACGGAACGUGUGGUUUGCCACAAGAUGAACAGAUGGCGCACUUCUAUCGGAACGUCGUCGAUAACGAUGAAGAGACGUUAUUAUCGGGGAUGGAGGACUUGUCGGCGCGAUAGCAAUUGAUACGACUUGUUUGCAAUAUUGGUAUAUCAAGGUGCAUCAUGGUCAUUUAUUUCUACUGCCAUGGAAAUACUUUACGAUACAAUUGUUUGAUUUGAUAUUUAUGAAGCGACUUCCAGGUCGCCCUGCUCAAAGCAAGAUAAUGCACCUCUUACUUGAUCUCGCAAUAGUUUUUUUUACCAGCCAUUUGUUUAUUGCUGUUUGGGACAUGAAACGAAUAUCGCAAAUACAAAUACCAAGGAGAGUGAUCUGCCCAUGCGAUUAAAAUAUCUGGAUCACGCAAGAAAUAAUCUCUGGCAAUCUCGUGAAAUUACCCAUUUGUGCCAUUUUGAUUGUCUUUAGUUACAUUAUUACUUGAAUUCAGCCACGACGCAGCGUCACGACGAUGAUGUGAGGUUGCGACAUCAUGAAGUCAGAAGUCUUUAUGUCAUGAAAGGAUUUGGGUAAAAAAAUUACAAAGCUGGCCUUUUUCAUCAUUUUCUUUGUAAUUCGGGGAUAUGUGCGAUAUAUGAUGAAUAAAAAACUGCUUUCUGACUCCGA